UCACAUACUGCACAGGGCUGGGCUACUGUACACUGGAAUGGGUUGCUGCUGCUCUCUGCUGGUGUCUUGGUAGGGUACAUUACCGUUUCUAUUCACAGAACACAUAUCCUGCCUGCAACGUCAGCAUAUUUUACCAGCUCUCUGCAGCUACCUGGAAAAGGCUGUCAACAGAGAAGUUGGAAAAACUGCAAAAAUGAGGGGAAAACUGACUACUUUGCCCGUAAGCGCCUGGUCAUCCAAGACAAGAACAAGUACAACACACCCAAGUACAGGAUGAUCGUGAGGUUCUCCAACAGAGAUAUCUGCUGCCAGAUCGCCUACGCCAAGAUCGAGGGAGACCAGAUUGUCGGUGCUGCCUACUCCCAUGAGCUGCCCAAGUAUGGCAUCACCGUGGGACUGACAAACUAUGCUGCAGCCUACUGCACAGGCCUUCUGCUGGCCCGGAGGCUGCUGAACAAGUUCGGCCUGGACCAGGUGUACGAGGGCCAGGUGGAAGUGACCGGAGAUGAGUUCAACGUGGAGAGUAUAGACGGCCAGCCAGGGGCCUUCACGUGUUUCCUAGACGCUGGGCUCGCCAGGACGUCGACAGGAAACAAGGUGUUCGGAGCACUAAAGGGCGCCGUUGACGGUGGCCUCUCAAUUCCUCACAGCACGAAACGAUUCCCUGGCUACGACAUGGAGAGCAAAGAGUUCAACGCAGAGAUGCAUCGCAAACACAUCAUGGGCAUGAACGUGUCGGACUACAUGAGUUACCUGAUGGAGGAGGACGAAGACGCCUACAAGAAACAGUUCUCGCGCUUCAUAAAGAACGGAGUCACGCCAGACACAGUAGAGGAGAUGUACAAAAAAGCACACGCCGCCAUCCGAGAGAACCCAGUACACGAAAAGAAACCCAAAAAAGACGUCAAAAAGAAGAGGUGGAACCGUGCCAAACUUUCGCUGGCACAGAGAAAGGACCGCGUCGCCCAGAAAAAGGCCAGCUUUCUACGAGCACAGGAAGCCGAGGCAGCGGACGGUUAGAGGGACGGGGACCACUGCCCGUUCCAAAGACACACCACACCAUUGGCUUAAUAAAUGUAUUGCAAAUGA